UAGCUCUCGAGAACUACCUACUUUAUUCGCCAUCAUGAGCGCCUCCAGCGAAAAACGAGCCCGCAAACCCCAGCUACAGACCCAACCUCUCCCCCCCAAGCAAGCCGACCAUGGCAAAGACUCGGAUUCCCGCGCCGAGUAUGAGUUCUGCGGCCCAUUGGGCGUCAGCGCCAUGAUUAUUGGCUUCCCGCUCCUAAUGUGGUACAUGUACGUCGGCGCCAUAUGCUACAACGGGCGUCUCCCGCUACCGGCCGAAGACCAGUCUCUGCCAGACUUCGUGCGCGGGGUUGCAGGUCUCGCGUACACGCACGCGUAUCCGCAUCGCAGAGCCUGGGUUAUCUACUGGACGUUCCUGGUCUUCGAGGCGCUAGGCUAUAUGUUCCUCCCCGGCGUCUACGGCAAGGGUAAACUGCUCCCGCAUCUAGGUAAGCAGCUGGACUACUACUGCUCCGGCAUCUGGUCGUGGUAUCUCACGAUCGCGGGCGCUUUGGUGUUGCACUUUUCCGGACUCUUCAGGCUGGACACACUCAUUAACGAGUUUGGGCCGCUGAUGUCGGUCGCGAUUAUCAGUGGCUUUUUGGUCGCGAUCGUGGGGUAUGUCUCCGCUUUUGCGCGAGGUGUGCAGCAUCGUAUGACAGGCAACCAUGUCUACGACUUUUUUAUGGGCGCGGAGCUGAAUCCGCGCUUGUUUAGCUGGCUGGACUUUAAGAUGUUCCAGGAGGUGCGUAUUCCUUGGUAUAUGCUUUUCCUGCUCUCGCUUGGUGCUGCGUUGAAGCAGUACAAUGAGCUAGGCUAUGUUUCCGGUGAGGUUUGUUUCAUCCUCAUGGCACACUUUCUGUAUGGCAAUGCCUGCGCAAAAGGCGAAGAACUUAUUAUCACGAGCUGGGACAUCUACUACGAGAAAUGGGGUUUCCUGCUCAUCUUCUGGAACCUGGCCGGUGUUCCAUUAACAUACUGCCACUGCACUAUCUACCUCGCCACCCAUCAUCCCUCGGAAUACCACUGGAGCCGAGGAUCUUUGGCUCUCUUGUUUACGACUUAUCUCUUCGCCUACUGGGUCUGGGACACAGCCAACAGCCAGAAAAACAUGUUCAGGGCCAUAGAGCGCGGCAGCGAACUUAAUAGGAAGACUUUCCCGCAACUCCCAUGGAAGUUCGUCAAGGACCCCAAGGUUGUUCACACGGACACGGGGGACAACAUCUUGUGCGAUGGAUGGUACGGAAUGGCGCGUAAGGUCCACUACACCUGUGAUUGGUUCUUCGCUUUCUCGUGGGGCCUUAUCACUGGCUUUAACUCGCCAUUUCCGUGGUUUUACUCAGCUUUCUUUACGGUUAUGAUUAUCCAUCGUGCUCGAAGAGAUAUUAGAAGGUGCCGGAAGCGGUAUGGUGCUGCUUGGGAGAAAUAUGAGCGCCAGGUGCCGUAUCUUUUCAUUCCUUACGUGUUCUAAGGAUUUUCUGGAACACAACCACGACAUCGUAUAACAGGCCUCGUCUUUAAUAUUGGAAGUAACGUUUUGAUAGCUCUUGAAGGUUUGCUUCUACAACCCAUAGUUUUGGUUUUUUGCUGGU